CUGCCUUUCUCGGUUCCCUUUUUGCUUCACUGUGCAAGUGCCACUUCAUAGCUUCAUCUCCCCACUUCCAUGCUUUCCUACACCACCCACAGCUCUCUCGCUCUCUCUCUCUCAGGGUUUGUUUGUGUACAAGUCUUUGAGAGAGAAGGGGGAAUAAAGGAAGUGGAAAGCAAUAAUGAGUACAGGAACAAGUACCUUGGUAAUCAGAUGGAUCAACUUUCUGACAAUGCACCCCCCCCUGUUGCACAUUCCUUCUGGCUUGCAGUAUUUGAUCCUAUUGUGCUUCAUUUUGGUUGCAAUCUUGGUCUUCACAGUUUUGGCCUAAACAACACCCAUUACUGGGAGCAUUUAAGGAGUUGUCUUGUGAAAUCUGAUGACUGUAAUAACCUGUCCAAAAAAUAUAAGACUCUUAAACAAUACAAACUGGCAAAACUAACCCCCAUUGAGGCUGGUUGUUGUCGACGGCCAUCUGAGUGUGGUUAUCCUGCUGUUAAUGCUUCAUACUACGACUUGAGCUUUCACCCAAUCAGUUCCGACAAGGAUUGCAAAAUUUACAAAAAUUCCAAGGAAAUCAAGUGCUACAAUUGUGAUUCCUGCAAGGCAGGAGUUGCACAAUACAUGAAGACUGAAUGGAGGGUGGUUGCAAUCUUUAAUGUGGUUCUGUUUGUUGUUUUGUCAAUAAUCUACUUUGUGGGAUGCUGUGUGAAACAAAAUGCUGCAAGGAGCCACUCUAAAGUUUGAAACGGACUUAUGUAUCUCAAGAAAUCUUCACUUGGUGGUAAAUUUGUUCACAUUCCUUAAAAAUCACACUUUCUAUUUGUAAGUUGUUUAUUGUUGAAAAUUUUAGACAAAUAGAUACACAUACACCAUUGUUUCUCAAGCACUGACUGGGAAAAUUUAAGCUGGAGCAUCUCUUUUCUGUAGUAUUACAAUUCUGUAAAGGUUUUAUCAUUCAUGUGAUUAUGUGUUAGAGAAUGCAAGAAAGAAUGUUAUAUCCAUCACAUGCUUCAAAGGGAGUUAAUAUUAUUUCAGUACCUCAAAAUGGUGCUCUUUUUUUUCU